CAAGGAUUAAAAAAAUUACAAACAAAGAAAAUAACAAAUCAAUCAUCAUAUAUAAUCAAAAAAAGAAAAACAUCAGCGAUAAACAACAAGGAAAAAAAAGGCGAUGUCUUUGUCCAGCGAAACAUAGAGCGUAAUGGUCGGUUAUUUGUAGCGCGACUGUAUGGUGGGCGAACGCAAUCAAAUUGAGCGUGACGCGGUGCGCUGGGAACUCACAACAACAAACACGACGACGUCACCCCAAACAACAACGUCAAAUAAUGCGGCAAGCGAUCCGCAAUCGACAAUUCUGGACCAGCAGCAACAACAGCAACAAACACAGGCAAUCAUGUCUGCCGAUAUGGCGGCGACGAUGUCGGAGGAAGAGGCUUUAUGCAGCGGCGGCAUGCAAGAUUCCCUGCCCUUCGGUUCGUACGACGGCUACGAAUCGUCAACGACAAAUUUGAGACCCGCAGGAGGCGCCAGCGGAAAAGAAGUUCGUUAUGCACCGUUUCCGCUGCAAUCUCCCUCGCACCUUAGUACAAAUAAUGCAUCUCAAUUAUUUAGUCAGGCACCGCUACAACGAGCACAUUCCAGAUCAAUGUCGUCAAUUCCGCCGGAGCCUUUCAUGAUACAACGCUCCAAAUCGAUGAAUCGUCGUGUCCUGAUAAACGUUGGCGGCGUCAAACACGAAGUACUGUGGCGAACACUUGAACGCUUGCCUCAUACGCGUCUCGGGCGUCUCCGAGAAUGCAAUACGCACGAAGCGAUCACCGAGCUGUGCGACGACUAUUCCCUCAUAGACAACGAAUACUUUUUCGAUCGGCAUCCGAAGAGUUUCAGCUCGAUCCUGAACUUUUAUCGCACCGGCAAGCUGCACAUUGUCGACGAAAUGUGCGUGCUUGCCUUCAGCGACGACCUGGAGUACUGGGGCAUCGACGAACUCUAUCUCGAGUCGUGUUGCCAACACAAAUACCAUCAGCGGAAGGAAAAUGUGCACGAGGAAAUGCGCAAAGAAGCCGAAAGUUUGCGGCAACGCGAAGAAGACGAAUUCGGCGAAGGCAAGUGCGCCCAGUACCAAAAGUUCGUGUGGGACAUGCUCGAGAAACCGACUUCGAGUUUCGCGGCACGGGUGAUAGCGGUAAUCUCAAUCUUAUUCAUUAUUUUAUCGACCAUUGGUCUGACACUGAACACAUUGCCGUCCCUGCAACACUUUAACGAUGAUAACGUACCUAUCGACAAUCCCGAUUUGGCCAUGGUCGAAGGUGUUUGCAUAACGUGGUUCACAUUAGAAUACAUCUUGCGAUUUGGUGCGUCGCCAGACAAAUGGAAAUUUUUCAAAGGUGGCUUAAACAUAAUCGACUUAUUAGCAAUACUCCCAUAUUUCGUGUCCUUGUUUCUGUUGGAGACCAACAAGAACGCAACUGACCAGUUCCAGGAUGUGCGUAGGGUAGUACAAGUAUUUAGGAUAAUGCGAAUUCUGCGAAUCCUUAAACUGGCCCGGCAUUCAACGGGCCUGCAGUCGCUAGGUUUUACACUUAAAAAUUCAUAUAAGGAACUCGGUCUGCUAAUGUUGUUUUUGGCAAUGGGCGUUCUCAUAUUUUCAUCUUUGGCAUAUUUUGCUGAAAAGGAUGAGCCACAAACUAAAUUUGUAUCAAUACCUGAGACAUUUUGGUGGGCGGGUAUCACAAUGACGACAGUUGGCUACGGGGACAUCUACCCCACUACUCCGCUUGGGAAGGUCAUUGGCACCGUGUGUUGCAUUUGCGGCGUACUGGUAAUUGCAUUGCCCAUUCCCAUCAUCGUUAACAAUUUUGCCGAAUUUUAUAAGAAUCAGAUGCGUCGCGAGAAGGCACUGAAGCGUCGCGAAGCCCUCGAUCGGGCGAAACGCGAAGGCAGCAUCGUCUCAUUCCAUCAUAUCAAUCUGAAGGAGGCCUUUGCCAAGAGCAUGGACCUGAUCGAUGUCAUUGUUGACACAGGACACAACUUGUCGCAAGGCGAUGGCAAUAGUACGGGCGAUGAGACGGAUUUGGAUCGGCAUAUGACAACGGGAACGGGCUGCUAUAAAAAUUAUGAACAUUUUCCAGUACAACAGAGGAGAAGUAAUGCAUCACAGAACACAGUUCCUGAACCUGAAGCUGUACCGCCAUACAGUCCAAUGACGCAACAUCGCGUUUACGAUCCCGGCGUCGCUGAUUUAGACGAAGAGGAACAACAACUCCUGUCACAAAACACUCCGAAACGCGAACCCACCAUUAUGAUGGCAACGAGGGCGGAGGUAGAAGAGUUAAGAAGACAAAUUGCGUUAGAAACAGCUAUUGUGGCUGAUAAAAAGGAAAAGUCUGAACAAGAAUUACCAUCUGAGUUUGAGUGUUGUUUUUGUACACAAAAGGACUAUCGUGAUCACUGCGACGCCGAAGACUUGAUGCCGCUUCCCACAUCGGACUUCCACACAACUGUCUGUCUGGAGAUGCGGAUGCUCAAAAACCAACAACGUCAACUGCAAACGCAAUCCUCCAACUCUUCAUCGCAAAUGUUGCAGGGAAAUUGCAUCGGCGAUCCAUCGUCGUCCUUCGAUCCCACCCCAACUACCGCUCAAUACAACGUCGUCGAGCUGCCAAUUAAGCAAACCGCAUUAACCACUGUCAUCGAUAACAGUCCCGUAACUAAUUUGAGUAACAAUAACAACAAUUCGAGUGCCAGCAACAACAACAUAAAUCCGAGCAAUUCAACCGGAACACCGCUAAACAAUAAUUAUCCGAUGAAUUACAGCAACAACAACAUCAGCAAGUACCAACAGCAGCAAUCUGUCGAAUCGGUGCUUUCGGUAGCGUCGCGUUCGCAAUAUCAAAGCGACUUGGCGAGCGUUGACAGCAGCGACACUUAUGCGAGUUGCCAAACGCAUCCGUUCCUGUCGCAGGGCGAUUUGACGACAGAUCUCACGGAUUUCGAUACGAACAAUCUUUACGUGAAUCCCAUGGGAAAAGACGUUUCUGGACUCGGGCAAGUGAAGAAAAGUGCUUCGGGUGACACGGGACUUCGUAGUUUCGCGAUUAGCGGCGGGGGAAGUUCUUUCGAUGACGAUCCGGCGGAUUAUCAGGCGUUUCAAACGUUUGCCGCGCAAAAUGCUGAGCCUCGGGGCGGCAGUAGCUCAACAAGUCUCAAUGAGACACCUGUGCCAAAGCAUCGCAAAGCAAGAUUUCAGUCGAGUGCGUCAAGUGCGAAGCCAAGAGCGCGAUUUAAUGACAUGGAUAUGAAGAAAUUGGAUGAAACGACGGAUGGAAAUGCGUCGCAGCAGCAGCCAGCAAGCAAUGUGAGCAGUAAAAAGACACGCCGGAAACUUUUUGAGACGAAGGGAUUGGCAUCGGCGACGAAGUUGAUCAAUCAGCAUCUGUUUGGGAUACAAAAUCUAACGGGAAAAGGACGAACUUACGAAAACUCCUCAAUUUCCAAUGAAUCUCUCGAAGCAUCGCCAAAUCUCGAACAUCAUCGACGCUCCAAGUCAAUUUUGAAAAAUAAAGCUGAUCCUCGUGCCCUGGCAGAUCCUGAAAGUGAACGUUUGCUCGCCGAUAAUAUGUCGGGAUCAGGAAUUUCUGACAAUGGAUUGUCUGGACUUGAUGAUUUUUCGCCAAAUAAGAGACUUCUUGCCACUUCGAUCACGCCUCCGUCGAAACAUCGCGUUUUACUGCAACAACGAUCACUUGGAAGCAGCUCAAAUAGCACAAAAUUAGGGAAAUUCCAACAGCCAAGACUUGCGGAGGAGUUAUUAACGCGUCAAGCGUCGAAACAAGCAGCAACAAAUCCAGUUGUCGUGAGGAAUGCGGGAUAUGUGGAUCAUUUGACGUCGGGAGGGAAUGAGAUGGAUACGACGACAAUUAUUACCGGAACGCGCGAAAGUAGUUUAGAAUCGGAAACCGCAUUUUCGAUAUUUCCAUUGUCAAAAACGAACGACGCAGGAAGCGGAAGUGACGAAACAGGCAGCACAGUCCGAAGUCGACAAGAUAUCUCGCAAGUUGAAGUCAAAAGUAGCAAUAAGAAUGGAACAAGUGCAAAAAACGAUGUAAAUUCGUAGCAAUAAUAGAAUCUUGAUAUCAUCGCAGCAACAUUCAUCAAAAAACGUACUUCGUCAUUCUAAUGCUUUCAAAAAAUAAUUAUUAAACCAAAAAAAAAAGUAUUUGCUACUGUUGAAAAUUAUAAAUAUUAAAUCAUUUACG